AUGGGCAAUCAAACGAUAAAAGAUUCCAGUACACGUGCAUCGCCCAAUUUAAAAAGUCGUCGUUCAAUAUCAAAGCCAUUUCUCAAUAUCUCGGGUUCACAUACUGAUUCACCUUUAAUAUCAACAUCAUCGCUUGCAACGACACAUACAAAUGUAGAUGAUAUAUCAAUUCAUAGUCAAGGUUCAUUUCGUUCAACACCUUGUGGAACACUGGCACAUAUUCAGUCGCAACAACAUAACAACGGUAAUUUUGAUUGUUUAACUGCAGAAAAACGUUGGCUAUCACGAGAAUUAUUAUUAACACAAUGUGAUACAGCAUCAACAUCAUUUCUUGGCAAUAAUAAUAACACUAACACAACUAGUAUAACAUCGAGCAACUGUCCUUUACAUCACCAUCGGACGAACACACCUAACGAUGGGAUCUACAUCGCAUGUUUGCCAUUUAAUGCAAGUGACGACAAACAAUUAUCAUUAGCGGUCGGUGAACAUUUAACUAUUGUUAAUUAUCAUGAUCGAAAUCAUGAUUGGGUCGAAGUACGCAAUAGUCAAGGUCAAGUUGGGUGGGUGCCGCAAGUAUUUAUCAAGCCAUUAUCAUCAUUGGAUAGACAUUCCUGGUUUCAUGGCAAAGUAUCAAGAUGUGAAGCCGAAUAUUUAUUAACACAAGGAAUUAAUGGAAGUUUUUUGGUUCGAGACAGCGAAACUGUUCCAGGUCAACUUUCGAUUAGUCUUCGGUACGACGGCCGAAUCUACCAUUAUCGUAUAAAUACAGAUGAAAAUGGCCAAUAUUAUGUUUCAACGGAAUUACGUUUUGCAACAUUACAACAAUUGAUCCAUCAUCAUUCUGUGACAACCGAUGGUCUUGUUCAUCUGCUACUCUAUCCCAUUAGUAAACAUAAAAUUCAACCAGCAUUGUUCAAAAUUGAUGAUAAAUGGGAAAUACCACGAUCCGAAAUAGCCAUGAAACAAAAAUUAGGAGGCGGACAAUACGGUGAAGUCUACGAAGCUUUAUGGAAACGUUACAACAAAGUUGUCGCAGUUAAAACACUGAAAGAAACGAUGAGUUUACAGGAUUUUCUUGAAGAAGCAGACGUUAUGAAAGAUCUAAAACACCCAAAUCUGGUUCAACUGCUCGGUAUUUGUACACUUGAACCACCUUAUUAUAUUAUCACGGAAUUUAUGCCACACGGAUGUUUGUUGGAUUAUUUGAAGCGACGACCACGAACAGAAUUAACAUCAACAGUUUUGAUGUAUAUGGCUGGACAAGUAGCGUCAGCGAUGACUUAUUUAGAAGCGAAAAAUUUUAUCCAUAGAGAUUUAGCGGCACGAAAUUGUUUGGUUGGAGAUAACCAUGUAGUCAAAGUGGGAGAUUUUGGUUUAGCUCGUUUAGUUAAAUGUGAGGAUCAUUACACAGCUAAACAUGGUGCUAAAUUUCCUAUUAAAUGGACAGCACCGGAAGGAUUAGAAAGAAAUCAAUUUUCAACAAAAUCAGAUGUGUGGAGCUUUUCCAUUCUCUUAUGGGAAAUUGCGACGUAUGGGGCUAGUCCCUAUCCUAAGAUAGAACUCUGUCAAGUGUUUGAUCACCUUCGAAGUGGAAAUCGAAUGGAACGUCCAGCUGGUUGUCCAACGGAUGUGUAUAAUCUAAUGCAAAAAUGUUGGAGAUGGAAUCCAGAUGAAAGACCAGCGUUCAAGGAAAUCCAUGCAGAACUUGAAAGUAUGACCACUGUUGGAUUCAACAGUCAAGAAAAUGGAUCAGUAAAAAUUCUCUCUGCAAAUGAUUAUUGUGCAAAUGCGAAUCGUGCAAGGACGGGUCCAUCACUUCCACCUCCUCGCCCACCGGCUCGUACAUGUUCAUUCUCAAGCGUUACAUCUUCAACUCCCCCACCACCUCCACCAGCAGCAGCCCAUCAAUCAAUACUUGCACGUUUUCUCUCCUCACCUCGUCCAAAAGCUCCUACCGAUCAACAACAACAGCAAGUAACAAUUCUCGAAGAAUCUAAUGAGCAAACCCUACCUAUAAUCGUUCAACAACAACAACAACAAUUACGUGAUCGGCCACGAAAUCUCAAUCCCGAAGCCCGCCUAUCAACAUUCAGUAAAAAGCAAACCUCAUUACCUGUUUCAACAACUCUUCCAAAUUCAGCUUCCACAACAACAUUUGUCACACAUAAUCAUUCCUCAACAACCAAUGGCAUCGAGCCAUUACAAAAUGUUGUUUGCGACAGUGUUCAACGCCCAACACCACCAUCAAAACCUAGUCGAGAUGGAUCAAUCAAAAUGAAAACAAACAAAAAAGCGAACAAAGCAAAAUCGAGCGCAUCCAUUGAUAGCCUAACAUCUUCAUCAAGUACCAAUUUUACUGAAUCGAAAACUUCUGAACAUCAACAUUCAUCUUCAAAUUCUUCCGCCACAACUCCCGAAUUCUGUCGAAUACAUCUUCGACAAACAGGUGCUACACCGAAUACAAAAACCUCGACGGAAUCGGAAUCGACCAGCGAAUCUGUUCCGUCAUCAGUUGGUAUGGCCAUUCGUUUAUUUUCAGAAUACGCAUCGAGCCGAUGUCAAGAUACAAAACCUCCUUCCACGACUACAUCUGACACAGAUCAGCCUUCCGAUUCGGUUCGUUCACUACUUGAAACAGUUCAGUUGUUAAUCAAAUACAUUCGUCAAGUGCAAAAAAAUCGACAAAGUAGAUUAAUCAUGAGCAGUUCAACCAUGGUGAUUGAUGAUAACGAAACGAUAAAUGGAAAAACUUUAUCAUCUAUGCCAACGACGAUCAGUUUAGUUAAUGAUCUGAAUUUAUUUGGUGAUCGAUGUUUAGAAUUAUCGAAAGUCAUUCCACCACAAAUUGCAUUUAAACUACGUGAACACAUUCAAAAUAUCAAAGAUACAUCUAAACCACUAUUCGAUAAUGAUGAAAAUCGUGAUGAAACUACAAUUUUCUCUCAAAUGACAAGAAUCCUCCAAGAUAUUAAAAUUCUUCUCGACAAAUUAUAA